GCAGCUGCUGAUAAACACGAACACAUGAGAAGCUGUCAUUGUUUGCCGCUCUGCAAACAGAACAUCAACAAGCCUAGCAAAGUGAAUUUUUGCGCGUGGAAAACUGCCAUUUUUGCAUUAAAUCAUGUCUAUUGGAGUGCCGAUUAAAGUGCUGCACGAAGCGGAAGGCCAUGUGGUGACUUGCGAAACUAUCACGGGCGAGGUAUACCGCGGUAAGCUGAUCGAAGCCGAGGACAACAUGAACUGCCAAAUGACGCAGAUCACCGUCACCUACCGGGAUGGACGCGUCGGUAAUCUGGAGAAUGUGUACAUUCGUGGGUCGAAAAUCCGGUUCCUCAUCCUGCCGGAUAUGCUGAAAAACGCGCCCAUGUUCAAGAAGCAAGGGGCCAAAACGGGAACGGCCGGGCGAGGCAAAUCGGCCAUCCUGCGAGCACAAGCCGCUCGGGGCAGGGGUCGUGGAGCGGGUGGCGGCGGAGGUGGGGGCAGAGGAGGCAACAAAGGAGGAUGGCAAGGACAAGGACAGCAAUCUUCCGGCCGUGGACGCGGAGGGUUGUAGAAAUGUUCGUCUGCAAACGCAACUAUUUAGUGUGUAAGAAUUCAUUUAAGAGCACCGAGCGAGAACACGCUCGAAACAGUAAUUACUUACGUUCCGAGUAAGAACAAUUCGCGAGUAGCAUGACUGCGUGCGAUAUUUCUUGCGGACGGUCCGAAAUUACUGAUACACGGUAAAAGCAGCCGUGGAGAACAACAACCUUCCUAAGAUAACUCACUAGCGUUGUAAUAUGUAAAGAAAAGGAAUGAAUACAAUCGAAGCCAACUGAUGCGUAAA